AUGACACAUCAGACUGCUUUCCAUAGGAUCCUAUCACGUUCAAAAGGCACUUUCCACGGCUCAAGCUUUUUGGUUUCAACAGACUCCAUCAGCUGGAUCCACGUUGAGUCCAUCUUUAUCACCGCGAUUGGACAAUUGUACUCCACUGACCAGCACGGCAACGAUUACUUGCUCCUCCGCGCGCUCCAGUCCUGCUCCAUACAAAUUAUACCGAAUGUGCAAAGCUUGCAGUUGCAGCAACUGCAGCAGACCCAGCCACAGCUGCUACACCAACUACACACAUCGUCAACUUCCACCUCGUCCGUUUCCACUGCGUCGUCAAUCCUACCGACUCGAAAGAACAAAAACAAAAAGAAUGGCGGCGACACCAGCACGCCCGAGGAAGACCCGCCCACGGUAUUCAUCAAAACAUUUGCCAACGACAAGUUGUACGUCAAAAUCGCGUCAAAGACAAACUUUGGCAACUUGAUAGGCACCUUGAUUGCCUGGCAGAACUUGAAGCCGGAGGGCUUGGCCAAGAAAUGGUAUAGCGAAAACAAGCAGGUUGUUCCACCGUCCAAAUCUAGUGCCACUCCUUAUGAAUUGCUAGUAUGCCGGUUCAAAUUAUACGGUCCGUUGCCAUACAAGUCAAAGAACUUGAACAUCAUCCUGGGGCCGAGAGGGCCAAUCUACCAACCCAAGAUUGACUCAAACUUCAAUAGCAGUUUUGAUGACUCCGUACUGAACCACGCAAGUGAAAACAACUACUACAUCAACGAAGGAUGGUUUUACACAAUGGGCGCAUUGAACUCAAAUGGGAUAUUGAACUUUAUAAGCGAGCUAGACGGCACUUUGCUAUACUCAAUCGAUGUAAAGUCGUUAUACUCAACUGAGAUCCGCGAGAUCCACAACUCCAUCUUCAACAGCUCCAACGUGUUGUUCUUGGGCCAGUUGAAAGAACUCCGGCUAAAUAAUACUAUCCGUACCACUAGCACUCUAACAGCGGACCAGUUGUUGUUGACCCCGUUUUUAUCGCGCGAUGGCAAGUGCAUUGCCAGUAACCAAAGAGUGUACAUUGAGUUUCCCUUGCAUAUAGAUCUCGAAGAUUGGUUUGUGGGGCUUAACUAUUUUGCCAAGAGAGAGUACAUUGGAUCAUUCAACAGCGAGUCCAAACCGGUCACCACCGCAAAUUUGCACCGCACACCAACGGUUUCAGACUUUUCACGCGAUCACUUUCGAGUGUCGAAAAACAUUUCCGUUGACAUCAUUGAAGCCAAGUUUGAAACAAGCAGCGUCGAUGCGGCAAAGGGGGGCAAGAUCUACGCGGAAAUCAGAAUGUGGGGCUACCCUUGGUCACGGACGGCAAUUGUGAAUCACACAGUCAACCCGUUCUGGAAAGAGGAGUUUCUGACAAACUUGCCGAUAUCCACGCAAAUGAUCCACAUUUUGAUCAAAACAUGCAGCAACCCAAACAAUGGACAUUCUCCGUCGGAUAAGAUCAUUGGCACUAUUUACGUGACGCCCGAUAUCUUGACAAAGCAAAUCAGCACUAGCUCCACCAUCAUGACCAGCACCAAUUCGCCCUCCACCGGAAUCAAAGUCAAGUCCAUUCCAAUCUCGACAAGCUUUAAUAGCAACCGCAGUCUCGAUAUCGUCAGAUUGACGAUAUACGACCCAUGCAACAUCCCCAUUGGCAAACUCUUGCUCCAAGUCCACCUCAAGGAGUUCCACAUCCCAAGCAGUCUCCAUUUCAAAAGCUUGGAGUUUUUGCUCAAGAACGGACCAAUCGAUGAACUCGUUCAUUUUUUUAAUGAAAACGUUGCCGCAUCUGAAUUUGAGCGCGUCAGUGUCAUUUUGCUCGACAUUUUCCAGUGCUUGAACCAAGAGGAAAAGUUUUUUAAGGUGUUGAUGGAGAUAUCACUUGCAACACUUGGGGAUAAACUCACCAAUGGUUCCAAGAACACGUCCCAGAGCAAUGUGUUCAACACGCUUUUCCGAGGGUCGUCCAUUUUCUCCAAGGCGUUGGAGAGGUACAACAUCAGAAUCGGACAGGAGUAUUUGGAAAAAGUGUUUGGGGACUUCUUUGCAAAGAUCAAUCGCGAGAAAAAGAAUUGUGAAGUGGAUCCGCGGUAUGUAAGGUUGCAAGAGAAAGCGGCGCGACAUGGUUACCCGGAAGGAGACGUGCCUGAUCUGCUUGGUGGUAGCAGUGAUGAGGAAGACGAUUCGGAGGAAGAAGAUAGCAAUGAGAGGGACGAAAGGGUCAAGCAGAUGGUGGAGAAUAACUUCCAAAACUUGUACGCCUAUGCCGAAGAGCUCUGGCACAAGAUCUACAUCACAUCCAACGACAUCCCCCAGCAGAUCAAGACGCAAUUGAAAAACUUUCGAACCAAGGUGGAGUUGUUUUGCGCGGCAGACGACAAUGUCACCAGCUUAAACUGUGUUAGCGCGUUUAUUUUCCUCCGUUUCUUCUGCCCGGCAAUACUCAACCCGAAACUAUUCUAUUUAACCAAGAACCACCAGACGGGGGUCACCCAACGCACCUUGACAUUGAUUGCUAAAGUGUUGUUGAACUUGGCCAACAGACAGGAGUUUAGUCCGCAUAAGGAACCGCAUCUCGUCAAGAUGAAUGCAUUUUUAAGAGAGCACCAGUCUGAAGUCUACGAGUACUUUGAUAGGAUAACGGGACGCAAAAACGAUUUCAAUGAAAAGAUUCUUGAUCUCAGUCAUGAGGUCAAGAGGUUCGACUUGGGGUUGGAUGAGACAUCGCACGAGUUGCCCACGACGCCGUACCUCAUUGACAAGUAUUUGCGAAUGACAGAGUUGGUGCACAUGUUGGACUUCAACACCAUUGCAGCGCACAAGAUGAAUAGUCAACCGAGCUCGCCAAUGGCAAGUCCACAACGAAACGUGGGUGCAGCCUCUAAGCCCGGCUCGGCGCAGCCGCUGCCCUUGAUUCGCGAUAACGCUAGCGACAGUGACCACUCGAUAAACCUUGAAGGGAUAAACAUGGAUGGAGAUCUCAGCGAUGACGCCGUGCAGGAGAAGCUUUACCAAAUCGGCUCGCUCGAGUUUGAAAAGCUGGAGUUUUUGAAUCUACAUGGUGGGAACGAGACUGAAGGGUUUAGCAAAUCGCUAUACAACGGCAACGAGGAGAUUUUUUCGUUUAUCAACUCAAAGGUUUCGCUAAAGGAUAUCCAGAUCCAAAGCACAAGGAUUAUGAACAAGAUCCAUAAGUUGGAGAGUUACCUCGAGGGGUGUGAGUACCCAUCAAACUAUCUAUCUGUGAAGGAAAACGACUAUGUAUUGUGGCGUGGGUUCACUAACGACGUAUUGAGCAGGGCCUGGUUGGACGUGUCACGAAACAUGAUCAUCUCCUCGGAUCUAAACUUACAUUGUGCUAGUGGGGGGAUCGUCGGGGUUAGCAAUGGUGGUGGAAGUGGAGGAGGUGUUGGCGGUGGCAGCAGCAUUGGCGCUGGUGUUGGUAAUCUUGGCUCCAGUUACAAAUCUAUAGUCGACGACAACGCGUUGGCGUCGUUGAAGUUGAAGUUUUACGGCGAUGUCCAUCCUCAGCAUAGAUCAACAUCGUCGAUAUCUACAUUAACAAUAGACCGAAAUGGGGCUGCACUGCAAAGCGACGAUAUGGGAAGCGUAAGAGGAGGGAGCAGCGGCAGUAUCAUGAGUGGACAAAACGGAGGCAGAGUCAAGAGUUCACUUCGCAAAUGGCUUUCACGCAAAUCAAGCAGCGCAAGUUGA